AUGACGACGCUCAAGAUCUCGUGGACAGCCAAACAGGACAUGCGCCGCGUGCAGGUCGCGGCCGUGCGCCAGACGCUCGCGUCGCUUCCCGGCCGCACGUCGAUCGGCGUCAACGCGGAGCACUUGAGCUUCCGCGACCUGCGCGACUACGUGCGCUGGAUCUUCCCCGAGCUCGCGGCGCCGCUCUGUGACGUGCGUCUGUACUACAUUGACGACGACCAGGAACAAGUGCGCAUCACGAACGACGUGGAGCUGGACGAAGCGUUCCGUCUGAUGCGGGAGCUGGCUAUCGCUGCUGGAAAGGGCGCGGCUGCUGCCGUGUGCAAGAUCAUUGUCGUGGCCACGACGCGGGAGGCUGUCGCUGCUGUGGACAAUGGGGAGGACACGACGCGUUGUAGUAGCAGGUACACGGAAGCGGACGUGGUGCCUCAGGACACGGCAGAGCUGCUGGCAAGUCGGCAGAAGAAGCAGAUGUUGGAUCUGUUUGUCGAUCUCGGGAAAGUGAUUGAGCAGUGGAGUGCACGUGGAGAGCACGAGACGCUGAAGAAAGAUUUGGUGUCGUUGCUGCACGAACCUGGAUGCCAAGAAGCGUUGCUGGAGAUUAUGGCCAAUGCAAAGUUUGCAAUGCUGUUCCAGACCGUGACGGAAGAGUGCCUGAAGAAGGGCAACUUUACCGAGUGUCUGCUGGCUGUUGCUGGCACUGGCGAUUUGGAAGAGGUGGCCAAGAUCUUGCUUGCCAAGUGUCCGAAUGCCCGUGUGCAGGUGGAGAGAGUGCUGCAGCAAGUACAGUACAGCCACAAUGCGCAGCUCAUGUCGGCUAGUGACUACUUUGAGACGAUCUCGAAGGAAGAGACCAAGCAGGACCUGGGCCCAGUUGUGGCAGUAUUCGAGGGUGACGUUACGUGCCCAGACGGCACGGUAUUGGCAUCGGGAGAAGCGUUUGAUAAGGUGUGGAAACUGCGUAACGGAGGCUGUACCAAGUGGCCUGUGGGAGCUGUGCUUUCGUGCGUAGGUGGCGACAAGAUGCAAGCCCCUGAGAGCGUGCUGAUUCCGUCAGUACAACCUGGCAAGUCGAUUGAUGUGUCGUUGCGCAUGGUGGCCCCAGCAAAGGCUGGUCGUUACACUGGUUACUGGCGUCUAAGCACGCCUGAUGGAAACCGAUUUGGACAACGUCUCUGGGUCGACAUCAAUGUGAUGGAUACGGAAGAGCUGACGCCCGUCAGUACCGGCGGCGCGGAAGAGGUUCGUGCUGACAAUGCCUCUGCUGCGGUUGUACCGAGUGAAGUUGAGGGGUCAACUGUUGCGACGCCAAGUGUGGCGGAAACCGAGUCGAUCGAGUCUCUUCGAUGGUCGGACCAGCUCCAGGUUCUGGCUAGCAUGGGCUUUGCGAAUGAGACGCGCAACUUGGCUCUGCUGACGCAGCACGACGGCAACAUGGAAGCUGUGAUCACGGACUUGCUGAGCUGA